GAGCCAUUACAGUAUGAUAGCUCACUCAUGUACAGUAGGUGGCGGUAUGCACGUGAGAGGCUGCUCUGAAAUCCGCCAUUGACCGAAGAAGAAGAAGAAGAAGAAGAGAGCGCGCUCGGGUCUUUAUUUGAAUCCCGGAAAAGAGCUGUCCGCUGCCAGUGUCAUCACAAUGGCUCAAGGUCAUAAAUUUCAAGACCUGGAGGAGACGGGGGAGGUGUUGGUGGCCUUCAUCAACAGCAGCCAACCUGAGAAGCUGAGACGAGUGAAAGAUGAACAUCAGGCUCUUUUUGACCAACAUGUAGAAACCAAAAAGAUUGUGACGCAGAUUUUAAAAGAUGUGGCUCAGAUUGAGGAGAGUGCGGGCCAGAGGCUGCUGGACAUGGAGGAGGAGAAGAAGCAAAGGGAGCAGGAGCUGGAGAGCCUGCAUGAACAGCUGAGGCAGUGCACAGCCAAGAGCCAGACCAGUGACUCAGAAUUACAAUUUCUGCAGAGAGAGUUGGAGAGUCUGAGAAACACCGAACACGAGCUUCAGACUCUUCAGAGCGAGGUGGAUGAAGACACCACCGAGGUCAUCCCUUCAGCAGUGUAUGUGGCUCAGGUGUACUACCUAAUAACCAAGAUCAAGUGGGAAUAUGACACACAACCCAACAUCUUAAAAGGAGUGCACUAUGGUGCAGACCUGGCCACUCCCAUCAACAUUGACACCUCUGUGCAACCUCGGAGUGACGUAAGCGACCAGCUGUGGGGCUUUGUCAGCACUGAGUGGUAGAUGAAGGAUGGUGGUGUUAUCAGAAAUGUUGUGUACAUUGUUUUUAUUUGUCUGUAAAUGUGUUUGUUUUCUUAUGUUUACAUUUAUAUUGCUUUAAACAUUAAAUCUCAGCCCUUCUGGUUCAGUAGUUAUUUUCAUAUUGUAUUUCAGCAACAUGGAUUCAUCAGAACAUUUUGUGGUGUUAGACGAGGAUAAAGGGGGCGUUGGCCGCUAGAUGUCGCUGCAGAGCCUUUUUGUUACGUUUUGUAAAUGCCUACAUGAUUUCCUUGGAAUCACACAAACUCAGAUGAGACAUCGCAGAGAGAUAAACAUCUUUUAUGCAGUUUUUCCAAAUGUUUCUACUUAAUUAUCUAUUUUAAUCAUUUGUUCAUUACUUUUAGCAAACUAUUUCAGCUUCUCUGCCUGCUUGCUGUCAGUAGCGACAUGUGGUGACAGCUGACUCAGCAGCUUAAUGGUUAUUGUAAAUCUACUAAACAUCAGCAUCACACAGAUGUAAUCCUGUUUGGCUGUUUAUUUUUCAUCCCUAACGCAAAUAUGUGGAUAUAUAGUUUUUAUUCAAAUAACAAUUGCUAUUUUUUUGUUGUUGAGUUAAUUAGUUGAGUAGUAGACCCGGAGUCACUGGUUUGGGCAAUGCAAGCCUGGCUCAGUUUGAGGACAUAUUGUUUUUAUAAUGUAAUAUUGUGGAUUACAGGUUAACACUUCAAUGUUGUUUGCUGUUAUUCUAUUACUAAUGUAUUUAGAAAUCAACCUGCGCAAAUACAUUAUUGCCAUAUGUUUCUGUAAUUGUAACUGUAGCAUCUGAAACAAUUAAAUUCAUCUCUAACUUGUCAAAAGGUGAGUUAGCAAAAAAAAAAAAAAAGUGGCAUCAUAACAUAUCAGUAAUGAAAACAAGAUGCUGAAAACUUCUAGCCCACACUGAUAGUGCCCACGUUUGUGUUUCUGCAUCGCAAGGCGUGUGUGUCGUAUUAUUAUUUAUCCACCGGCUCUGAUGAGAAUUGAAACAUCCUCUUUCUUUUGAAAAGGAUGUUCCGCCACGAUUGUGUACCACUGCAGCAUGGCGAGUGGUUAAGAGUGGGCAGAAUGAUAAACGCUGCUGGGGAUGCUCAAAAUCACACGUACCAGAACUUAGAAGAACCACGCACCACUAUGUGGUUUCCUUACGGUAAACGGAGCAUCAGCUCCUCUAGCUUGUUUUCUGCAACUUCAUCUCUUCCUCAGGCGCACAUCAUAUGGAGUGGUUAACACGUGGUUUGCAUGAAGGUGGGACUUGGGGUUGUUUAAGGCAAGGUGAGCCCCUCUGUUAGUCUGUAUUUUUGAUAUCUUGUUGAAGUCACCCAUGUUUGAGUAAGCUAUCAAGGUUUCAAUUUGUACUGUUCACUGUUAAUAUCCAACAUCGUAAAGUAGCACACAACUAAUUACCACUUGGGUUUUACUAGAUUGCUUAACUUGCUAUCAACUAGUGUACUUUUGGUACUAAACAUCAACUGACUUGUGAUAUAAAAUGUUCAUUUUUUAAAUGUUAAACCAAAAAAAACCCAAACAGAUUCGCAUCUCCCAAUAGCUCAUUGUGUCAGUAUUUGCAGAGCAUUUUGUUUCAUGUCAGCAACCAGUUACUAAGACUUCAUGGGAUAAUAUCAAUAUGGAAUAAACAUCACAGAAAAUACA